UUAUUAACAAAAAAGCCACUGAGUAUGUAUAUUUUACCAGAAACAAAUCAGUAGGCAGGGGCCGAGGAAACAAUAAACAUCAAUAGCAGCAGGAGCAGCGGGGAUUCUGCACAGAUUGCUUAUUUCAUAUAUGCCACGUUUUCAUGUCUGGGAAGGCGUGAUGGGAUUUUGACGGUUGGAUGAAUGGGUGAAGAUUAUACAUUGUGGGAGCUUAAUCCCCUGUUCUCUGCAGCAGAAGAUGUUCAGCAAUCCGCAGAGAGGUUAGAGUCAGCCUAUAGAGGUUGGAUCAAUAGCACCUGUAGCGACCAUGUAAUCCCACGGAGCCCUAGUGCUUACAGAAAGGAGCUUCUCACAGCAUUUGAGACCACAAAAUGGCAGUUGGAGGAGUUUGAGAGGGCAUUUAUGAAUGCAAAUUUGAAAGAUCUUAGAACAGAACGAGCUCUUGCAAGAUACCGUCCUUUUAUUGAGGCUAUAAGCCACCAGAUAUCUUUAGUAGAAAAUGAUUUAAGGAAUUCAGGAAAUGAAGAAGAUGGAUAUUGUCUACAUGCUGUUAGCAUUGGUGAUGGGGAGAGAGACGAACUUGCCAAUUUUUUGUCGGGAAAUCGAAUUACAGGAAAGAAUGAUCAGAAUGGGUACACUUGUCCAAGAGAUGAAUACCAAACUAAAGGAUCGACUUUUCAAGAGAGGGUGCAAGCAUCAAGGGCUGAGGACCUUCAUCAAAAUAUGUUGUUUGGGUCACAACUGCAUGGUUUUCAGGAAGGAAAUGAUAUCAUGGAUUGUAUACAAGAUGUGGAAACUACUCUUGUUCCUGACAGGGUGUUUUGCUCUGCAGAUCAGCCUCUUUCAGAUAAGAAUAUCAAAACAGGUGAAGUCAGUCGUAGGAAUGGGAGCAUUGAAAAUGGGUUUUUUGAUUGGAAUGAUGGAAUAAAUUUUAUCUCUGAUAGAAUGACGGAUCAUAGAAAACAUAAUAACAGAUAUCAGAGCUGGAAUUCAUGGCUUCUUUCCAGUUGGCAGUACCUUGGAGGCAAGCUACAGCAUUCAAAAAGUGGCCUGAGAAGAUAUAAAGAUGGAGAAUCAGAUUCAAUCGAAAAUUCUCAAAAGAAAAGUUUUAUUGGCUGUGUUCGAAAAAUAUCUUCUUCCGACUUGGAGAAGGGUGAAAGCAGCAGCUUAUCUACAAGUGGGAAAAGGUGGAAUGGUUUUUCAUUUGCAUUCCGCAAGGCAAAACAAUCAGCUCUUAAUAGAAACAAAAUUGAGCAAAAACUGUUACAUAGUAACGGUGUCCCUUUUUUUCAUUUUCCAUUGAAGUGUCUUUUAGUACUGUUAGUCAUCACUGCAAUUAGUGUGUACUGCUGGCUUCUUUCUAAAUCAGUUUUGCUUAGUAGUGGAGAUGUACAAGGCCAUUGAUGUUAAAAUUUUUAACUUGUAUUCUUCGUAGCUCAUUGUAUCAUUCUUUUGUUUCUUUGCUUCUUCUCUUAGCUGGAGUGAUGAUAGUUAAUUAUGCUUGAGGGUAAAUAAAGCAACAAAUUUUUGAUUGCU